GGGCGGGCGGCGGCGGCUGCAGCGCUAGCGGCGCAGGGGGUGGGCGGCGGCGGUAUGAGGCGCGGGGCCGGCGCCCGCGGGAGGGAGGCGCUGCCGGCGGCCCGGCCGCUCCCGCUGCAGCUGCUCGCCGGGCUCGUCCUGCCCUGCCCGUCGGGCCCCGGCCGCUCUCGUCACGGCCGCCGCCCGGGUCGCCGCUGGUGACCACUCGCCGCGCCGCCGGAGGCUUCACCCGCGCCCUCCCCCAGGACGCGCCCGCGGAGCUCCGGCCCCUUCGCCCCGCUCGCGGAGACCGCGCUGCGCGCCGGGCGGCGGCGAGGCCGGAAGAUGGCCUGGGUGCUCAAGAUGGACGAGGUGAUCGAGUCCGGACUGGUGCACGACUUCGAUGCCACCCUCUCGGGCAUCGGGCAGGAGCUGGGCGCCGGCGCCUACAGCAUGAGCGAUGUCCUGGCAUUGCCCAUUUUCAAGCAGGAGGAUUCCAGCCUUCCAUUGGAUGAUGAGACUAAGCACCCACCUUUUCAGUACGUGAUGUGUGCUGCAACAUCGCCAGCAGUAAAACUGCAUGAUGAAACGCUCACUUACUUGAACCAAGGUCAGUCUUAUGAAAUUCGGAUGCUGGAUAAUCGGAAAAUGGGAGAUAUGCCGGAGAUCACUGGAAAAUUGGUAAAGAGCAUCAUAAGAGUUGUAUUCCAUGACAGACGGCUACAGUAUACAGAGCAUCAGCAACUUGAAGGUUGGAAGUGGAAUCGCCCAGGAGACAGACUUCUCGAUUUAGAUAUUCCAAUGUCUGUGGGAAUAAUUGACACAAGGACAAAUCCAAGCCAGUUAAAUGCGGUUGAAUUUCUUUGGGACCCUGCAAAACGCACAUCUGCUUUCAUUCAGGUACACUGCAUCAGCACAGAGUUUACUCCACGGAAGCACGGAGGUGAAAAGGGAGUGCCUUUUAGGAUCCAGGUUGACACUUUUAAGCAGAAUGAAAAUGGAGAAUAUACAGAUCAUCUACACUCAGCUAGCUGCCAAAUCAAGGUUUUUAAGCCUAAAGGUGCAGACAGGAAACAAAAAACUGACCGAGAGAAGAUGGAGAAGAGAACUGCUCACGAAAAAGAAAAGUAUCAGCCGUCCUAUGAUACCACGAUCCUCACAGAGUGUUCUCCGUGGCCCGAUACCCCCACAGCCUAUGUGAAUAGCAGUCCUUCCACAGCGCCCACUUUCACCUCUCCACAGCAGAGCACUUGCAGUGUCCCAGACAGCAAUUCUUCUUCCCCAAAUCAUCAGGGAGAUGGAGUUUCACAGGCCUCUAGUGAAAAACUUCAGCCUUCAGCCACAAUCCAGGAAACACAACAAUGGCUGCUCAAAAAUAGAUUCUCUUCCUAUACAAGACUGUUUUCCAAUUUUUCAGGUGCCGACUUAUUAAAACUGACAAAGGAGGAUUUAGUACAAAUAUGUGGUGCAGCCGAUGGAAUUCGGCUCUAUAAUUCACUGAAGUCAAGGUCGGUUAGGCCCCGCUUAACCAUCUAUGUCUGCCAGGAGCAGCCAAGCAGCACACCACUGCAGGGGCAGCAGCAUGCUGCAGGCAGUGGAGGCGAGAGUGGCAGUGGGACACCCUACGUUUAUCAUGCAAUCUACUUGGAAGAAAUGGUUGCCUCAGAAGUCGCUCGAAAACUUGCAUUGGUGUUUAAUAUUCCUUUCCACCAGAUUAACCAGGUUUACAGACAGGGUCCCAUUGGUAUUCACAUUCUUGUUAGCGAUCAGAUGGUUCAGAACUUUCAAGAUGAGAGUUGUUUUUUAUUCUCCACAGUAAAAGCUGAAAAUGGUGAUGGUAUCCACAUAAUUUUGAAAUGAUGUCUUACAUAGUCUGAACUAUAUUCAGUACCAAAUAAAGUCACGCUUAAAAGUGUGUGAAGACUGAAUCCAAGAAGUCUUGGGAUUGGAUUUUACCGUAUGAAAUGUUUCAUAUUGAAAACACAAGAUGACCUUUCUAAUGAGCUGUAUGAGAGGCGAAUCUCCUCACUGUCACUGCCAUAGCCAAGCAUCCUCGUGAGAGUGAGCACGUCCGGACAGCAUGCGUGCAGCUCUGGGGGCCACGGUGCAGGCAGGGCUGCCUGCUUCUCUGGCAGAGGCCAGUAGAUACAGUUCCUAGAAGCAGCCUGUGCUGUCUUUUUACACUGUAUGCGGUUUGGAAAUGAAUGUAAAAAUGGACUGUGGGCAUUUACCUUUCUGUGCCAGUUUGGCUUUUAUUGCCUGAACCUUAUGCUGACCUGGGGCAGGUGGGGACAGUGCUGCUGUGGAGCCAGCAUGGAAUCUGUCUGCGGAGAGGCAGUGUGCUGAUGCAGUGAUUGGUGGUCAGGUAAGAGGCGUGGCACCUUCUCAGAAGAAUCAUGUCUAAGGCUGUGCGUCUGAUGCGAUCAUGCCAGAUGGAGGAAGAGCCAAGCCAGGAAGCCGGGCUCGAAGCAAACUGCAUUAUCAAGAGUACCUUGGUGAGAGGAUCAGUGUAAAUCCUAAUAGGUACAAAGACUUGUGUUUUGCUUUGUCACAGUUUUAUUGAGAAACUUUCGCUUCUGCUUCCAUUUUUAGCAUUUUGUUUCUGGUUUUCAUUUUUGAAGCCCCAUUGUCUUUUAAACUCAUGUGGUUUUCUUUCUCUUUUUCCUCCUCCUCUCUGUCUCUAACACCCUUCCUACUCUACCCUGUACCAUCCUGUUCUUAGACAUUUUCAAAGCCCUUCCCCAGACAUCGGAAAUAGGUGACUUAAGCAGGGGGAGAAGUAUGAUAGUUUCUGACUUGGUGUUAAGGGGUCCUCGUUAUCAACAAGUUGAAAUUAUUCAUGGAACACUAGACAUGAUAAAUCAAACACUAAAUUGUACCAUAAAAAUUCCCUACACCACUUCUCAAAUAUUAAGCUUUAGUACAAUCAUGGGUGAACAUUCUGCUGAUUAGAGGCUUUUUUAUACACCACAUAGUAGCUUCUUUUUCUAUAAAAAAGAGUAUCUCUUUCAUAAAACCAAAUGCUUGUCUGCUAGUCUGCUUUUCAGAGGGAAUCCACUGUUUUCAAGUCUUCCCGAAGUUCAUCAGCAAGCAUUUUUGAGGGUUGUGGUAUAGCAAACCCAGUGUUUUUUUUUAAACUUUGAUUCCAUUUUAAUUAUACCAUCUCUGUCCUCUUACCCAGAUUUGAUCCUUAUCUUUGUUCAGGAAGAACAGAAGUGAGUAAUUUUGAGUUUGAAAUCUCUCCCAGAAGACAAGUUUGACAUUUUAUGUUUUAUUCAUAAAGGGGGUAUUUGAUAUGAAGCAGCACUGUCUCUAAAUAUUUCCAUCUUCGGUUUGAAAAUAUCUGUGACUCCUACAGACCCUAGAGCAGGAGAGCUUUCCUUUCUGUCAUCUUCCCUUUGCUUUUGUGUGACCCACAUGUUUUCUGUACCAAUCACUUGGGAAAGAAGUGAGCUUCUCUCUUAAUUGUUUUAGAGUUUUGCUUGUCUAUUUAGCAUUCCUUUUUGAGUCUCAAGAUUUAUGGAACAAUAAAUGUCAUUUAAUGCUGUGUGCUAUUUUGAAUUCCUCAUCAGGUUUUAGAAGUGGGGUAAAAAGAAUUUUAAAAGCUCAUCAAACUUGAAAUUACACCAAGUGGUGGUGAACAUUAGUCUGUCCCAGUGAAACAGGUUCAAUUAUGGCACCAGCAAAUUUGCUACUUUGUUUUUUUAAUAGUAGGAUGUAUACAUUUCAGUAUAAUAAAUGUUUUCCGAUUGUUUUGCAAA